AUGUUUCACACCCCCCGCAAGAGUGAUACUUUCACCAUUUCUCCGCCUCUUAAAACUAAGGUAAAAAAGGUCAAAACACUCUCGCAACCCUUAGAAAAUUCUGAGGUAAGACAGAGCAUAGAUAAUGAUCAGAUCGAGGCCCUAAGCCUACAAGCCGUAUCCCCCGAUCGAAACAUACCGAACAGCGAUCCACCAGCACCCAAACCCAAAACAGUAACUAAAAUAGAGUAUAAAUCCAAGACUACAGAAGGUAAAGCAUGUUUAGUGAAAGCAAAAUACUGCAUAAAUAACUCAAAAAAUUUUAAAACUGAGUUAAAACUAGGAGCAUUAGCAGCGGUAGAAAGGCUAUUCGAAAUAAUAAAAGAACUGGAGAAGGAACUCACCGGAGUGAAGGCAGGAACCAGCGGAGAGCUAGGAAGGGACCCUUUACAUCCCUCUCAGCUACCCGUAGACACGACGAAUGCAGCAAAUGACGCACUGGUGAGUGACCUGAAACAGAAAAACACAAUAUUAGAUAAUGGGAUAAAAGAGAUGAUGAAGAAAAUGGAGGAGAUGAAGGGAAGCAUAGAGGAAAAUAAGGUAAAAAUGGACAAGCUGAGCACACUCUUGGAGAACAACACAACUGUCGCUAAACCAGCGAGUUAUGCGGCCGUUGUCUCGAGGGGAAUCGCUGAGCGAGCUCCCGAGACAAGGGCUCUGCAUUCAGUUGUGGUGUCCUCCAAAGAUACUCAGGACUCAGGAGAUGAGGUGAUGGAAAAAAUCCGGAAGACCGUAGAUGCUAAGGAUGGGUGGGUGAAGGUGGAAAGAACUAGGAAAGUUAAAAACAGAAGGGUAGUCGUCGGCUGUAUCAGUGAGACGGAAAGAAAUAAGGUUAAGGAAAGAUUAAGUAAGAAUGAGGGAUUAGUUGUUGAAGAUGUUAAGAAUAAAAGCCCCCUUCUGGCCUUCAGGGAUGUGAUGAAGUAUGACAUAGCCGACUUCGUCACCGCGUUCUCUAAUCAGAACACGGACAUCCUUGAAGGCCUGAAGGGGGAUGAGAAAAAGGUAGAAGUAGUGUUUGGGAUGAAAGCGAGGAACCCCCACCAAAACCACCUAGUAGUUAGAGUUAGCCCACAGGUAUGGAAGAGGUGUGUGAAUGUAGGAUAUGCCCAUAUAGGUUUGGGCAGAGUGAGAGUGGAGGACCAUAGUCCGUUGGUGCAGUGCUUCCGCUGCCUCGGCUACGGGCACACGAAGAGGGUGUGUAGGGAGGAGACGGAGCGAUGCAGCCACUGCGCCGGUCCUCAUCUGAGGACCGCUUGCGACAAGUGGCUGCGGAGAGAAGAGCCUCAGUGCAUCAAUUGCACGAAGGCCAAGAGAGGUAGCGCGGAGCACGGCGCCCUAGAUAGAGAGUGCGCAGAAAGAAAGAGGUGGGACGCUCUAGCUAGAUCGGCGGCCAACCUUCAGCGGAGCCAAAUCGCCACAAGGGAGUUAUUACUCGAGGCCACCAAGCGUAAGGCUAGCGUUGCGCUGCUGCAGGAGCCCUACAUAGGUGGAGCCCGGAGUAUGAGGACAUAUAACGGAGUGAGGGUCUACCAGAGCGAUGGGGAAGAGGGCGGUGUGGUUAAAGCGUGUGUUGUAGUAUUCGACGACACACUGGAUGUCGAACUACACACACGCCUCAGUAACAACAAUAUAGUUGUGGCCACCCUCCGAACCAAAGCCUGGGAGACGGUUGUAGUGUCCUUCUACUUCGAGCCCGAUAAGCCUGUGGGGCCCUACCUGGACCAUCUUAUGCGGAUAGGAAGGGAGUUGGGAUCUGAUAGGAUGGUCCUGGGAGGCGACGCGAACGCUAAAAGCCCGUGGUGGUGUGGCGAUACGGAAGACCCGCGAGGAAGGGAAGUGUCUGCUGUACUGGAAGCAAUGAGUCUACAUAUACUCAACACCGGAGACACCCCAACUUUUGAUACCGUCAGAGGGGGUAAAAGGUACUCCAGCUACGUGGAUGUGACAGCGUGCUCCGACGAUCUGCUAGACCGAGUGGGCGACUGGAGGGUGGAGGAGGGUCUGACGAGCUCGGACCACAACGGCAUAUCAUUCGGCAUCAGACAACAGAAAUCCACAGGCACGAACAUUAUACGUACCACACGCAUAUUUAACACACAGAAGGCAAACUGGACUCAGUUUUGUGAGAAGCUGACCCAGCUGAUGUCAGACAGACAAUUGACUAUACAAGCGAUGGACACAAUACAAAGCACACAACAGAUAGAUGAAGCAAUAGACAGAUACACGGAAGUCAUAACACAGACAUGCAGAGACACUAUGCCGACCAAAAAACACACACAGAAAUUCACCUUGUCGUGGUGGAAUGAUGAGCUCGCGCAGAUGAAGAAGGAGGUCGCCACGAGGAAACGCAGGAUCCGAACCGCAGCGCCUGAUCGCAGAAACCGCGUAGUUAGGUUGUACCUGGAAGCGAAAGAGAAGUAUGAAAAGGCAGUGAAAGAGGCUCAAGUAGCGAGCUGGAAGGAGUUUUGCCGAAAACAGGAUAGGGAGGGGGUCUGGGAGGGCAUCUACAGAGUGCUGAACAGAGUUGGAGGGAGGGAGGAGGAUCUGCCCCUAACAAGGGGCAGUGAAACCCUCGACGCCCAAAGCUCCGCAGAAUUGUUGGCGGAGACCUUCUACCCCGCGGACCUGGAAAGUGAUGAAAGCGAGGAACACCGACGGACGCGCCGGCGUGCGGAGUCAUUGGACUCCGAACCGCCGACGGGUCCGGACGACCCUCCUUUCAUCAUGGAGGAGUUGAAGAGAGCCGUAAGGUCCUUCAACCCCAAAAAGGCCCCCGGGGCGGACGGUCUCACGUCCGACAUCUGCCAGCACGCUGUGGAUUGUAACCCGGAAUGGUUCCUUGCACUGCUGAAUAAGUGCCUCACUGUCGGCUACUUUCCCGAAAAAUGGAAGCAGGCGACAGUGGUGGUGCUGAGAAAGCCGGGCAAGGAAUCAUACCGGGUACCAAAAGCCUAUCGACCGAUCGGCCUCCUUCCUGUUCUCGGCAAAAUCUUCGAGAAGAUGCUGGUCGCCCGACUUAGGUUCUACCUGUUGCCCAAAAUAAGCCCCAACCAAUAUGGCUUCAUGCCCCAAAGAAGCACCGAAGACGCCCUCUAUAGUAGCUACUUGAGCGGAAGGAGCGUGAAUGUGAGAUAUGCUGGAGUGGAAGUGAACAGGGAGACUGACAAGGGGUGCGUACAGGGGUCCAUCGGUGGACCGGUCCUGUGGAACCUCUUGUUAGACCCCCUGUUAAGAAUGUUAGCGGAGAUGGAGGUGUUUGAACAAGCGUUUGCCGACGACAUAGUCUUAGUUUUUGAGGGAGAUACAGCCUUGGAGAUAGAGAGUAAGGCGAACAGAAUUCUGGACGCGAUACAAAAAUGGGGGAAAGCUAACAAGCUCAAAUUCGCGCCUCACAAAACAUGUGCCCUAAUCUCCACAAGGAGACUUAAAAUACUCGAAGCUUCGAGGCUUUAUGGGGCCAAGAAGGGGGUACCACACCCGGUGCUGAGAGACAGGGAGGUGGAGCGAAUGGCUCCUGCGAUUGAGGACCCACAUCCGAAAUUGGGCAUAUCGAUGACGGGUGAGAAUCUGCCUACCAUCCUGGGGGGAAAGAAGAGGGAUAUCUUCCUCUCGUUCUGUAAGAGGAUUGUGAGUGUAGUAAAUAAGAGAAACUGUGAUAUUUUAGACUGUGAUAAGUAG